GAUGCUCCCGUUGCCAAGAAAGCCAAAGUCACCGGCGAGAAGACCGUCAAGGCUGCUCCCAAGAAGAAAGCUACCCCUACCCCCAAGGUCAAGAUUGGCGUUCAGAUCAACUUUGCCCCCACUCAGGUUCUCGAUGUCUACGUCUUCGGCGAGGGCAGUGCUGGUGAGCUUGGCCUCGGUGCCACCAAAGUCGAUGGUAAGAAGCCCAUCGACGUGAAGCGCCCCCGCAAGAAUGUCAACCUGUCUGCCGAGCUUGUCGGUGUCGUCCAAGUCGCCUGCGGUGGCAUGCAUGCUAUCGCCCUCACCAAGGACAACAAGAUCCUUACCUGGGGUGUCAACGAUCAAGGCACUCUGGGUCGCGACACCCAGUGGGAUGGCGGUCUGCGCAAUGUCGACGUUGCUGAGGAGGAUUCCGAUUCCGACUCUGACGAUUCCGGUCUCAACCCUCGUGAGAGCACCCCUACCGAGGUGAACACGAAGAACAUCGCGCCUGGCACCAAGUUUGUUCAGGUCGCCGCCACCGACAGCGCCUCCUUCGCCCUCACCGAGGAUGGUCGCGUCUACUCCUGGGGCACAUUCCGCUGCUCUGAUGGCAUCCUGGGCUUCAGCAAGGAUACAAAGAUCCAGUGGUACCCCGCCCUCCUCCCCGAGCCUACCAAGGUGGUCGCCAUCGCCACCGGCUCCAACCACGUCAUGACCCUUGACAACAAGGGCAAGAUCCAGACCUGGGGCGCCGCCGAGCAGAACCAGCUGGGCCGUCGCGUUGUCGAGCGCGACAUGAAGGCCUCCGCCCUGCGCCCCGCCGGCCUCAACUUCAAGCGCGGCGUCAAGAUCACCAAGAUCGCCUGCGGCUCGUACCACUCCUUCGCCAUCGACGGCGAGGGCCGCGUCUGGGCCUGGGGGCUCAACAACUUCAGCCAGCUCGGCGUGGAGGCCGACGCCGGCGAGGACGACGCCACCCUCCUCCAGCCCACGCUGGUGGAGGCUCUGGCCGGCCACGUCGUCACCGGCAUCGUGGGCGGCGAGCACCACUCGGUGGCCGUCACCGAGGACGGCAAGGCCCUGGCCUUUGGCCGCAUCGACGGCAGCCAGGUCGGCGUCCCUCGCGACGCGUUCUCCCAGGAGAACUGCGUCUACGACGGCUGCGGCCAGCCGCGGAUCCUCGUGGUCCCGGCUGUGCUGGACAUCCCCGGCGCGGUCGUCUGUGCCGACGCCGGCACUGACACCUCCCUGGUGGUCACCAGGGAGGGCAAAGCCUACAGUUGGGGGUUCAACUCCAACUACCAGUGCGGCGUCGGCGAGACGGCCGGCGACGUCCUCGUCCCCACGCUGAUUAACAACAGCGCGGUGCGGGACUCGUCGGUCGUCUGGGCCGGCGCCGGUGGCCAGUUCAGCAUGCUGGCCAGCGUCCACGAGGACGCC